AUGGCUGCUUCCAUCGCCCCUGAAUGCAACGACAUCAAAGAGAAAUAUGACACCUGCUUUUUAAAGUGGUAUAGUGAGAAAUAUCUUCGAGGCAACACCUCGUCGAAUGACUGCGAAGAGCUGUUCAAGAAGUACAAGACAUGCCUGCAUAAAUCACUCAAAGAGAAAGGCAUCGACACGAUGCUCGAUGACGCUCGGAAGAGCAGCAGUGAGACUGACACUGAGUUUCUCAAAAAAUCAUGA